AGUGGAGCGAAUGUUUUGCUGCUGUCGCCGUCGGUCAGGAACUCAAACCGGGGAGAAAGUUUAAAAACCGGAGCAGCUCUGCGGCCACGAUGAGUGAGGAACAUUAUCUGGAACUGUGCGAGAACCCGCUGCAGUUCGAACACGCUUCCAGCGUCAACAACGUUUUCUUCGACGAAGCCAACAAACAGGUGUUUGCGGUGCGUUCAGGAGGAGCCACUGGAGUGGCGGUCAAAGGCCCAGAUGAUAAGAGCUGUGCUGCCUUCAGAAUGGACGAUAAAGGGGAAGUGAAGUGUAUCAAGUUCUCCAUCGGGAAUAAGAUCCUGGCUGUCCAGAGAACCCCAAAGUCUGUGGACUUCAUCAACUUCGUUCCUGAUUAUCCGCACACAGAGUUCACGCAGGAGUGUAAGACGAAGAACGCCAGUGUUUUGGGUUUUUGUUGGACCAGCUGGAACGAGAUUGUCUUCAUCACUGACCAGGGAAUCGAGUUCUACCAGGUUUUUCCAGACAAGCGAAGCUUGAAGCUGCUGAAGAGUCAGAGCAUAAACGUGAACUGGUACCAGUACUGUCCGGAACCGGCUGUCAUCCUGCUGUCCACCACCGUGCAGGGGAACAUCCUGCAGCCAUUUGCCUUCAGGAGCGGGACCAUGUCAAAGAUGUCCAAGUUUGAGAUCGAGCUGCCAGUUGUUCCAAAACCUGCCAAACUCAGUCUGUCAGAGAGAGACAUUGCCAUGGCAACAAUUUACGGUCAGCUGUACGUGAUGUACCUGAAGCAUCACUUCAGAACCGCCAACAGUCCCUGUGCCGAGGUCAUCCUCUACCACGUACCCAGGGAGGGGCCGUGUAAGAAGAGCCACCUGCUAAAGCUCAACACCACUGGAAAGUUUGCUCUGAACGUUGUGGACAACCUGGUGGUGGUUCAUCACCAGAGCUCUCAGACAUCUUUAAUCUUUGACAUCAAGCUGAAGGACACUGACAGUUCUGUCAACGCAUAUCAGCCCGUUCUUCCCGCCAGAUCCAUCCACCCAUACAGGAUCCCGCUAUCAGGUCCUGCAGUGGUUCCAUCUCAGGCUCCGGUACCGUGUCAGCUCUAUUCUUCAUCCUGGAGCGUUUUCCAGCCUGACAUCAUCAUCAGCGCCAGUGAAGGUUACCUUUGGUACCUGCAGGUGAAAUUACAUCCGACUGUCAACCUGCUGCAGGACAAAGGCAAACUGAUGGACUUCCUGUUACGGCGGCGGGACUGUAAGAUGGUCAUCCUGUCAGUGUGCUCGCAGCUUCUGGACUGUGGAGAGAAGGGAAACCUUCCAGUUGUGGCGACGGUCUUCGACAAACUCAACCAGGUGUAUAAAGACUACCUGGAGGCGGAGCAAACGUACGCUGUGGCGAUGGAGUCUGGUCCGAGUCGAGGGGGUUCUGUCCAGAAACGCCCGGUCAGAACUCAGGCGGUUAUCGAUCAGUCGGACAUGUACACUCACGUCCUGUCAUCGUUCUCCGACCAGAAGGAAGUUUCUCAUAAAUUUGUGAUUGCUGUGGUGAUGGAGUACAUCAGGUCCUUGAACCAGUUUCAGAUUCCUGUUCAGCAUUACCUGUACGAGUUGGUGAUUAAGACGUUGGUGCACCACAGCCUCUUCUACAUGCUGCACCAGUUCCUGCAGUACCAUGUCCUCACCGACUCCAAGCCACUGGCCUGUUUGCUGCUGUCGUUGGAGAGCACGUAUCCUCCUGCACACCAGCUGGCGCUCGACAUGCUGAAGCGCUUAUCCACAGCCAACGAUGAGAUCGUCGAGGUCCUGCUGUCCAAGCAGCAGGUUCUGGGCGCGCUCAGAUUCAUCCGCAGUGUUGGUGGCCAUGACAACAUCUCAGCCAGGAAGUUUCUGGAUGCAGCUCGACAGACCGAGGACCACAUGUUGUUUUACACAGUUUUCAGAUUUUUCCAGCAGAGGAACCAGCGUCUCAGAGGAAACCCCGCCUUCACCUCCGGAGAACACUGUGAGGAGCACAUGGUUCACUUCAAACAGCUGUUUGGAGAACAGGCAUUGAUGAAAGCUGCCACCGUAUGAACACAGACAACUAACAUGCAGAAACCACAUUUAAUGUGAAGCUCUGACCUCCAGGGGGCGCUCAGCAAGAAGAGUCUGAAGAGUUUUUCUUCUUCUGUUUGAAAUCAGCCCUUCAGACGGUUCAGGUGCUGCAGUAAAGAACGGAAAACUUUUCACACGCCACAAUCUGAAUUUUUUAUUUUGUUUUAAAGGAGGAAACCUGUUUGUUCUUCAUCAUUCCAGUUAGAACGUUUGGAGAAAUCGUGUUUGUAAAAUGUUGAUGGUCCUUUAAGGACACUGACCACAAACUGUCCAACGUCCAUAAGAUUAAAGAAUUAAUAUUUCACUCACUGCUGUUAGACCACAUUUUACUCAAACAGUGUUAAAAUAUCACAUGAUAUUUGGUUUUUGCUUUCUGUACACCUUUAACUGCAGAGAUGUCUUGGUGGCUUCCCUCACUCGUCUCCUCGCUCGGUCAGUUAUUGAGAACUGCUUCCUUCAGCCACACAGCACCAGACUGAUUGUAAAUGUUUGUGUCCAUCCUGAUGUGUUUACUUUGUCCAAAUAUUUAUGGAAAAUGGAUCGACUGUAUAAAAAUGUCUACAGUUC